UUUAUUUUGUAUUGGCGUAGCAAACUGUUGUUAGGUUAGAGGUUGGCGGUAUCUCUCGAGAUCAAGUUUUUAUAACAGAUAAUAUUUGACCAGAAAAUUAAGCAAUAAUUAUUUAAAUGAUCAGCUUUAGUAGUGACUAGUAUAAAUAGACACUUAUAAAAGUGAAGUUUAUUAAACAAACAUAAUAUACAGAAAACAGAUUAUUAAAGAUGAAGUACAAAUAUGAGUUUGCUUUUCUACUAAUUUGGCUGCCAGCGAUACUGAGUAAGAUAAGAAUACCUCCCGUUCCCUGCCCUGAUAUGUUUAAGUACUACAAAAAUCACCAAGGAGCAAUAUACGGAGAAGCGAGAAUACCAUACGAUCAGGCCACAUCAUUAGUAUUUAGUGUAAACGCAUCUUACGGGGGAUAUCCUACACAAACGAAAUUAAGACUGGAAAGGAAAACUGAUUUACAUGAACUUAAUGAUGGCACGUCGGAAGUUAUAUACAACAUAUAUUUCCCAUCUAACGCAGUUAUACCUAAAAUUACUGGACUCACAUUUAACGAUAAAAUAUACUGUAGCGGUCCUAAAGAACCACUAGCAACAUUCGGAAAAAUAACUGACGUUUGGUCUCAAGACAGCUUCCAGUUUUCUCGACAAAAAUAUGGAUUCUACAAACCAGAAACUAAACCAGAUACUUCAGAAGACGAUAUUCCUGUUAAAAAUCCAAAUCAAAAACUACCUGCAACUCCACGAGUACCAACUCAACGAGUACCAACUUUACCAGUACAAACUCAACGAGUACCAACACCAGCUUCACCCAAAACCACUCGAAAACCUCCUCAGAUUCCAUCACGACAGCAUGAAGUACCUUCUGUGGUUGACCCUACUGAGAAUGAUCCGUAUUAUGUUAAUGACGAACUUCUCGACUCGGUCUUUACCAAACAACCAUCUAAAUCUCCAUCGUUCAAUAGUAAUUUUAAAUGCGGAGUGGCCAGUGUACCAAUUGUAUACGCACGUAUAAUAGGUGCUACUGUCACUGACAUUGGGCAGUACCCUUGGCUGGUCGCUUUCUUCAGGACGAGGGGAUCCGAGUACGACUACACAUGUUCUGCAACAUUGAUAUCAGAAAAACAUGUUCUCACUGCUGCGCGUUGCGUUCAGAACUAUAAAUUUCAAGCUGUAAAAACCGAUGAUAUAUUAUUAGUAAUGGGCACCAAUGACUUAGAAAACUGGAACAGUAAUGGAGCCGUGACUAGGAAGGCUAGGCGAGUGGAUGUGCAUCCGUUUUUUAUGAAAAAUCCAAAAUCUGCUCAUGGAGAUAUUGCUAUUAUAUUAAUGGAGAGUCCAGUACAAUUUUCCAGUGAGCUAAGUCCAAUAUGUCUGUGGAAGGGGAACACAGAUCUCUAUCCGCUGACCAAUAGAACGGGAGUAAUAGCAGCUUUCGGCCAAGACGAGAACUCUCCCGAAGAAGGUUUGACUCAUGUUUUACGAGCAAAAAAAGCGGACAUGCCCAUUGUCGAUCAAACCGAAUGCCUGCUAAGUCGCGUGGGAUUCGAGGGCGUUGCAUCUGAGAGAACGUUCUGCACAAAAGGCGGCGAGAAACUGACAGGUCCUUGCACAGGAGACACUGGUGCAGGCUUUUUCAUAUCCAUUGACGGAGCAUAUAAUUUAAGAGGUAUAGCAUCAGUUAUUCCCAGCAAGAACGGAAGAUGUGAUUUGUCAAGCGGAUAUUCAGUGUUUUGUGACGUUGCCAAGUUCUUGGAAUGGAUAAAAUCCCGCAUGACGUAAAUGAGUGUAGUCUAGAUAAACUGUGAUCUAAAGAAUACUUUGGACUUUUAUUAUUUGCAUGCUGUUUGUGGAGUUUUUGCUUGGUUUAUGUAAGAAAUGAAGCAAUAAAAGAACGUAUCAUUUUAUAAUACUCCUAUGUGAGUAAUGUAUUAUUUUGUAUGUCGAAAUGAAAUUUUUUGAUGAUGUAAUCAGGUUAGUAAAGAUUAAGGGCCGGUUGUUCGAACGCUAAUCAAAACUGAUCAUUAUCAAGUAUUUAAUUACAAUUAUAUUUGAUUAAGCGUACUUCUGACAGAUGUCGCAUUUUGAGGUUAUGUUGACUGAUUUAUUUUAUUAUUUUGGUUUUAAUUUAAAAUAAAACAUAAUUAAACUCUUUCUGAUGUUAAUUUCUUGUUUUUACUUACAAAUCAAUAAUAAUAAUAAGCAAUUUUUAAUAAUUUAAGAGCUGCGGCUAUAUUUUAAUUACUGUUUUACCUACAAUCAAUAACUGAUUAGUGUUUUACAUGUAUUUUUCAUGUCGUGAUUUGAUUCCCAUCAAGAAAAUUGAUUACAAUAAAUUAUUGAUUAUAAUCAACUUCUUGAUUAGCGUUCGAACAACCGGCCCUAAGAGGUUUAAAAACUAGGAUACUGCUACAAUACCUAUACAGGGUGAUUGACUAAGAAUGCCCAAUCUCUGAGUUGUAGAUUAUAGACGUCAAAAUAUUAAGAUUUAAACUAAAUCACUUAAAUAAAAUGUGCAUCGUUACUGAGUUA